AUCGCCCCAUGUGUUGUGCGAGGAAGCAGCUUUGCUAAAGAGACCCACUUGCGAAAGAAACGGGAGCAGCAUAAGGCAGCGGCAAGCGGCGGCGGCAGCAGCAGCAGGAGCAGGAGGCGGCGGCUGCGAGCGAGCGAGCGAGCGAGCGAGCCGGAGUAGCCUCGGCAGCAAAGGAGGAGGGGAGGAAAAAAAAAAAAGAACGAACAAACGAACGAAAGAAAGAAACGGGGGAAGAAAGAAGCGAGGAAGGAAAGAAAGAAAGAGCUGGGCGAAAGAAGAAGAGCGAGGCACGCCGAGAGAGAGAGGGACGCACCACCGAGGAACCAGGGGGGAACCCAAACCCCCCAAAGGCUCCCUUAGCCUAUUUCGCGUGUGUGCGUGUCUCGUGUGUGCGCGCGCGUCCCGUGUGUGCUUUUUUUGUUUGUUUUCUUUGGCCAGGGCUUUUUCUUUUCUUUUUCUUUUCCCUCCCCCCCCUCCCUCCUUCCCUCCCUCCCGUCCUCCUCCUCUCUUCUCCCUCCCUGCCUCCCUGGUUGAUGUUUCUACAGCUUCGCCAAACUCCGAGCGGGGCAUCCGAUCCCAGCACUCCCACCGGCGGCAGCAGCGGGAGGAGGCGGCGGCGCAGCAAGGACGGGGCUCCGGAGCGCCGCGCCGAGCGUGGGAUCUUCUGCCGCGGCGCCUUUCGCUCUUCUCCUCCAGCGGCCGCGCGCCGGAGUUGCUGCUGCUGCUGCUGCCGCCGCCGCCGCCGCUGCGAGCUUUCCCCCCUCUCUGGCUUUUGAUGGCUUUCCUGAAUGGCUGACUGCGGGCUUCUCUGGAUCUGGCCCCCAGACACCAGCCUCUCCUCCUGCAACUCCGCUCGGCUCCCCGAGAGAGAGGGAGGGGGGCACCUCUGAAGAGAAUCGCCUCUCUCUCUCUCUCUCUCUCUCUCUCUCUCUUUCUCUCUUUUCCUCCUCUCUUCCUCUUUUGUAUUUUUGUUGUACUUUUCUCCUUUUUUCAUUUGCUACCAGACAAUCGCCUCCAACCUCUUUGCUCUGUUUCCCUCUUCCUCGUCCCCUCUCUUCUUUCUUCCUCUCUCUCUCUCUUUCCUCGUUCUUGCUCUACUUUUCUUCCCCUCCCCACCCCACUUUGGUGACCCGCAUUGCUGACUUUAUUUUGGGGGACUGCCCAGCAAGGAAAAAGUGGGGCGCAAGCAAGCAAAGAAAAAAAAAGGACAUUAAAUUAAUUUAAAAAGAAAGGACCAGAGGAGGGUAGAAGAGAAGAAGAAAAAGAAGGGAAACCGCACACAAGCCGAACAACUUCCAUAAAAAAGGGAAAAAAAGAAGGGGGGAACAAAAAACUCGCCAACGCGAACUGGGGAGGACAGCAAAAGAAAGAGAAAAGAAAUAAAAACAAAGGUGGACUAAAUUAUAUAUUUAUAUCUAUCUAUAUCUAGACAGAGAGAUAAAUAGGUCUCUCUCGCAAGGACGCUUCCUAGCUGAAGAGCUGCGGGCUCAGCCCUCGGAAGAAGCGGGUCCGCUGGCAACCGAAAGCUACGGGGGGCGAGCAAUUUGGCCAAGGUGUCCCAUAGAUAUGGCAAUGGUAGUUGGCACGUGGCGAGACCCGCAGGACGAUGUGGCCGGCCCGCAAGGAACGCAGCCUUCGCAAGCGCCCCCUGUGCCGGGACCCCCGACGGGCGCCCCGCACACCCCGCAGACGCCGGGCCAAGGGGGCCCUCCCAGCACGCCCGCGCAGACCAACCAAGGCAGCCAGCAGAGCCAGGGCGAGAAGCAGCAGCAGCAGCAGCACAUCGAGUGCGUGGUGUGCGGGGACAAGUCCAGCGGCAAGCACUACGGGCAAUUCACGUGUGAAGGCUGCAAGAGUUUCUUCAAGCGCAGCGUCCGCAGGAACCUCAGCUACACGUGCCGCGCCAACCGGAACUGUCCCAUUGACCAACAUCACCGCAACCAGUGCCAAUAUUGUCGCCUCAAAAAAUGCCUCAAGGUUGGAAUGAGACGGGAAGGUAUUGGAAUUUCAUUUGUUUUCCACUUCUCAACCAACCCCGGUGGGGAGGGGAAAGAGGGCGGGAGGUCUCUGGAUUUGCGUGCGCAUGUAAACAGAGACCAGCGUGGGAUGAGGAGGACUAGGACCGUGGAUUUUAGAGAUGGGUUGCUUUCUGGGAUUGCAUAGCUUGUGUACAUUUCCUCUUCUUUUGCCAUGGCCUGGAAUGGGGAGUGUGUUGCUGUCCUUGGGAAAGCAGGGUUAGGUGAGUUUAACAGGACAAGGAAACGUGGUGUGGAGUGUGAGAGGCUGGGGGUGGGUGGAAUGCGUUUCCCUGACAAACAUUGGCCCGCUUGUUGAUUCCAAGAAAAGCUAGAUUCCAUUUUUAUUUUAUUUUAUUUUUCCUCUCAACCCACCAGCCCCAAACACAAUGACUACCCCACGAAAAUGCUGUGCGUUAUACCUUAGAAUGGAUUCUGUCCAACGGCGGGGGUCAAAGGCAGGCUGGGAUAUUUCUCCUGCUGGCCACCCUUCCACCGCCCGCAGCGAUCCGUAGGCACCACCACUCCCCAAACAACGUGCAAGAUAACCUCAGACGUAGCUCUGUAACUUCUCUCCCUUCCCCGCGUUGCUAAUCCCAAUAAUCAAUCAAUCAGUCAAUUGCCAGAGAGGUUCCCUUCGGUUAGAAAUUCCGCGAGGCUUCUUCCAAGAAUUCCCGGGGCUUUCUCUCCUCCCCAGUCCGGGCGAGAAAGCUCAACCUCGCGCUCUCAAAACACGCGCGCGCGGGGUCCUGUUUGGCCUAUGCCCCUGAUAAUAAUCAAGAUUUCAUUUAUGUAUUAUUCCAGUUCUUUUUUCCCGGGGGUUGGGAGGGUGGAGGAGAGCAAGCCGGGUUGCGGGUCGGGGGGCGGGGGAGUGGGAGAGAGCGAUCGGGGAUCUUAAGCACCGGAAGGAAACACACAAAUAAAUACAGAGUUUAAACCAGGGAGGUUUCUGUGAGCAAGAUGGAGCUCGGUGGUGGAAGAUUCCGAGAGGGCAAGGAAAGGCGAGCCUGUAGCUUCCUUAAUGGCGUUGCGCUCGCCUCCUCCUCCUCUCCCCUCCUCCCAACCUCCGGUGUCUGGCUUAUGUUUGGGGGUUAAAGGCUGCCCUCCUUCGCUCUCUGAAACGCUCAAUCUCCAGCUUGGGCCACGUUGGAGCCAGAUCCAGCCCCUGCAAAAUAAAAUAAAAAACAUUCUUUCGUCCACAUUCUCGUCUUCCUUCUCCACCCCCCUUCCUCGGCGCUUUUGUGGGUCUUUCUCUCUUUCAUUUUCUCUCGUCUUGUCACCAUGUAAAUUUAUGAACCAAAUGAGAGGCCCACUUUCCAUAAAAACAGCCGAUCCCGGGGUUUUCCAAAGCUUCGCUCCCACCCCCACCUCUGAAUGAAUGGCGAGGAAAUGUAACAAUAGGCCGUGCUGUUUGAUAUUAUUUUAUUUUAUGGACGCGUGUGGCUGCAGUUCUAAUCUGAUCUCUCUCCUCCUUUGAUAUAGAUUGUGUUGUAGUUUUAAAAAGGAAGCAGCAGCAACUCUCCUUCUUCGGGGAAAGCGGCGUUUGGAAAAUAUGGGGAGGGGCCCCUUGCCUGCCAGUUUCUCCCUUCAAAAAAAAUAAAUAAAAUAGCGAUGUGGAGAGAAGAUAAUUCGAGUAUUUUAUUUUAAUUGUGUUUUGAUACGUCUGGCGAUUGAAUGGAGGGGCGGAAGAGCCGCUUGUGGUUGUGUUUUGCCCGCUGGCUGUUCGUUUGGCCAAGGAAGGGGCAUUACUUUUUGCCUUCUGCAGUUCCCCCCCCCCCAAGCUUUUGAUCCCUCACCCAUCUUUUCUCCCCGACCCACAAAAAAAGUACAUUUGGAUUGACACCCGCUGACAUAUUUGCCAAAGUGCUGGUUGUUGUCUUCUCAGCAAUUUGGGGAGUGAGAGACCCGGCUUCUCUGCACCUCCUUGACCAUCCUGAGUUUCUUUAAUUCACCCUUGAAUCUGAGCAAACUCCCCCCCCAAAAAAAAAAUAAAAAAAAAUAAAGUAGCUUUAGAUGUGCUAGCUCCAGAAGGGGCUUCCUUAGCAAUUCAGAUAUUAAUUGCUGUAGUUUCUUCCUUAUUUACUGCAGCCGUCCAGAGGGGCAGAAUGCCACCUACUCAGCCGACCCACGGCCAGUUCGCCUUAACCAACGGAGACCCCCUGAACUGCCACUCGUACCUCUCCGGAUAUAUCUCCCUGUUGCUGAGGGCAGAGCCUUACCCGACCUCGCGCUUCGGCAGCCAGUGCAUGCAACCCAACAACAUUAUGGGCAUCGAGAACAUUUGCGAGCUGGCGGCUCGGAUGCUUUUCAGCGCCGUCGAGUGGGCCCGGAAUAUCCCCUUUUUCCCCGACCUCCAGAUCACCGACCAGGUGGCCUUGCUGAGGUUAACCUGGAGUGAGUUGUUUGUCCUCAACGCGGCCCAGUGCUCCAUGCCCCUCCACGUCGCCCCGCUCCUGGCUGCCGCCGGCCUGCACGCCUCGCCCAUGUCCGCCGACCGAGUUGUAGCCUUUAUGGACCACAUACGAAUCUUCCAAGAACAGGUCGAGAAACUUAAGGCCUUACACGUGGAUUCGGCGGAAUACAGCUGCUUGAAGGCCAUCGUCCUUUUCACCUCAGGUAAGCCACAGGGUGGGGGCUCUGAGGAGAGGGAGGGAGCGAGGAAAUCUGAAAGUCUCCCCUGCCCCAACCCAGCUCCCUUGGUUUUUCCGUGAGAAAAUUCGGAACGGAACUUGUAACACCGCAACUGGGGGUUUUUUUUGGGGGGGGAGGGAGAAGCAAUGAGCAGAUUACAUCUCUCAUCCUAUUUAUUGCAUGUUUACUCGGAAGUAAGGCCCGCUGCGUCCAGUGUUAGUUCAAGGGUGCCUAGCAUUGAAGCAGAGAGAGAGAGAGAGAGAGAGACGUUUUAUUUUGAGGAGGAAAACCCUCCAAAUAUUCUGCCUUCAAUUUUAAUGUAAUAUGGACAGAAUAACUUUUUUAUUGAGCCAUGUGCAGUCACUGUUGGGGAAGGGGGAUAAAGACUUUUGCUAAAUGUGCAAAUAAAAUAACCUCUGGGUUGAUAUAGUUAAAGCAUAGCAAGUUGAUAAAUAACCAGAGUAUGCUGGAAUCUGAUCUUUUUAAAUAUAUAUAAUAACCAGUGGAAUUCCUAACCAAGCAGAAAGCCUACUUCAAAGGAGAUAGAAGAAUCCUAAAAUUAAAGGGAUAUUGGAGGGUGAUAUGUGCUGGAGCUCUAACUAGAGUAUCCAAUAAACAAAUCAAUCGCAUUCUGGAAAGGACUGAGGGUGAAUAAACUCUCAUGGACCUGGCGGCCUUGGAGCAGAUUGCCAAGGGGGAGAAAGUGGGUCUAAACCAUGGUCAGAGGGGCUGGGUGUAUUUUAAAUAAUAAUGAUAAUAAUAAUAAGUUGAAGCAAGAAUGUGUGUUUGGAAUUCAAGUUGCUGCCCCCUAUACAAAAACCUAGCGGUAGUGGCAAUACUCAUGCAUAACAGCAGCAGGGAUGAGGAAUGUGAAGAAGUGUUGCAACUGUAGUCCCUGAAUUGCAACAUUAUGGGUUUCUGUUUUAACUCCUCUUUAAAGAAAGACAAAAAAGAAAUCCAUGUUGAAAAAGUGUCACUUAGGCUGCAGUCCUUUAUCAGAGUUGCCUGGAAGCAAUCCCCAUGAAACUCUGUGGAGCUUACUCCUGAGUAGAUGUGUAGAGUUGCACUGUUAAACAAUCAAAAGUGCCAAAAAAGAAGGGGGGGGGUUGGAGAGAGAGAGAGAGAGAGAUUUCAGUGCCAACUUUCUGCUGCAUAUAAAUAGCGCUACAGUUAUAAAACAAUAAUGGAAUGCAUGAUGAAAUCUAAUUAGCUGUGGUUCAACCUGGGUGAGUAAUAUAUCUGAUAUUAACUCUGGAGGCAACAUAUUUUCAAGACAUACUUUCUUUUUAAAAAAUUGUAAUUCAUCGGAUCAGGCCUCUAACAGUAUGCUAGAUUCUCAGAAUAUAAAUAGUGAUGUGUGUGUGUGAUCUUGUAAGUAAUGGGGCAGCCUUGGGUAGUGGUCAUGUGAUGACCAUAUGAAUGGAGGCAGGAUCUGUAAAGUAAUCACUCAUUGGUAUAUAGAUAGAUAGAUAGAUAUUUUUAAAUAUUUUCUUUCAUUUUAAAAAUACCUUUGAUAUGAGGAAAUAGGCCGAGGCAUCAGUAGUUUAUGUGGGAAAAUUAGGAUUUACAAUCCAGUCCUUGUUAUGUUAAGGGAGGUCUGAGGAAACAGAGUGCCUUUCUGGACAUUAUCCAAAAUUUAGGUCGUGACCUGAACUUCCUUUUAUAUAUUAUUGCUUUCCACAGUUACACCUCUGCCUGCCCCCACCCCCUGGCCAAAAAUAUUUGUUGCCCACCUAAAUUAGUUGGACUCAGAGGUGAUCAAUUAUCAGAGGCAGCACUAGAAAGGAACAGUGUGCUUGUGUGUGUGUCCUCUAUUAAAAGGACACAUUAUUUCCUUCUUGGGGAUCUUCUCUGAGCCUCUUAAGGCCUACAUAUGAACCCCAAACAUUUGAUUUCAAAUCUGGUGUUGUAGUGGGUUGCAGUAGUGUGAUUAAUAUUGCUACCUUUGUGGGGGAAACCUCUCAGCUGUUGUCUAAAGUGCGAAAUUUAUGACUGUUUGCAAAAUGUGGAUCUGUAUGUAAAUUGCCUUCCCAGCUUAGAUAAAGCUUCUGUUAUCUGAUUUUGUGGGGUUAUAAAACAUGGGGGGAACGGAUGCAGGGAUUUGUCAGCUAAGACGCCCCAAUAGCACUGGGGCUGAUGUGUUAUUUAGAUGUAGAGAAUUUUCAUAUAAUAUUUACUGGUGCUUUCUAUAGAAUCUAUAUCUGGAUUCUAAUGGCUUUGAAAAAUAUGCAUGUGUUAGUGCUUUGCCCAGCCAGCUAAGGUCACAACCUGAGCAAAGGCAGCUUCUGAUUAAAAGGGACCUCAUUGUAUUUUAGCCUGUCAAAAGUGGGGCAAUAUAUAUAUCUAUAUAUUAGUGCAAAGCGUGGCAAGAAUUCUAAAUUGUUUUUAAACAGUUUUUUUCUUUUUUCUUUUUAAAAAAUCGUAUCUUACAGAUGCAUUUUUAAAAAAUUAAAAGUAUAUAUUCGUAUGAUUGGAAAGAAAGGCGAGGAAAGAAAGGGGAGUGGGAGAGACAGAGAAUGAGAAGGGGAGAGAGAGAAACAGCUCUAAUGAAGAGAGCGAUCAGAGUUUGCUUGGUUGCCUUUGAAUAGGCUAAACUGACAAGAUCAGUUUUAAAGGACCACUUAAAUCACUUUCAAAGACUGAGGGAAACGGCGGUGUCUCCUUUAGGGGGGAAUCGCUUUUUGGGUGCGGGGCUCCAUUAUCCUGAGUUGAGCCAGUUUCUUAACGUGUGUGGGUUUCUGCUGCCUUCUUCCUUUUUUUAUGAAACUCUCUUUUCUGGCCUUUGAGAUUAGACUCAGCACAGUUAUUUCCCCAAUGCGAGCAUGUGUGUUGUGAGGAAAGACCAUGUCUUAUCUUUCUCCUUCUCCAUACACCCCCGCCGCCAAAAUACUCCCCCCCCCCCCGCCGCAUCCCAAUGCAGUGAAAAUCUGGUGAGAUCACUGAAAGGUUUGGGGCUAAUUUUAAAAUCAAGACCUCAGGCCAAAAUCCUGGCCGGGAGGGGAGACUUUUGGAAUAUUAUUUUUUAAAAAGAAAAAGAAAAAAGAGCACGUGCUCCUGUUGAAACCGAAAGAAAGAACAGGAAGAUCCAAAUGCGUGUUUACUCAGAGGAAAAAUCUUGCUGGACUGGCUCCCUAGGAAGCGUGCAGACAGGACUGCAACAUGACUCUCCUCUGUGCUUGGGAUUGUAGCUUGAGCAGGGCUUAACUUGGACUGAAUCAUGUCCUCGCGGCUUAUUCGGAAGUCCAAGACUUGAACUCAGCGAGCCUGACUUUCAAAAGGGAAAAUAAAUGCCUGUAGGUUUGGAGGGAGAGAUCCGCAGAUUUGGGCGCGCACAAGCAGAUCGACCCAAAGCACGUUGACCCCCCAAGUUCCGCAGGACUUAAAUCGCUAGGAAGCAAGUCUCAAAAGAUUUCAAGAGCAGCGUCUAUCUUGCAACGCUCACGACUUCAUCCUUACAGUUCUUAGCUGUGAUUUUAUUUACAUUAUUACUAUUGUUUUGAUUGCGGGGGGGGGAUUGGUUUUUAAACCAUUCCAAGGGGGGACUAUAACUUGUUUGAUACUGACGACACUUUCCCCCUCCCUUCCCCUCUCUCUUUGAAACCAACUUUCUUCCAGAUGCGUGUGGUCUCUCCGACGUAGCCCACGUUGAAAGUUUACAAGAGAAGUCCCAGUGUGCGUUGGAAGAGUACGUAAGGAGUCAAUAUCCGAACCAGCCUACGCGAUUUGGAAAACUGUUGUUACGCCUCCCAUCUCUCCGCACCGUCUCUUCCUCAGUCAUAGAGCAAUUGUUUUUCGUCCGUUUGGUAGGUAAAACCCCCAUAGAAACCCUUAUCAGGGAUAUGUUACUGUCUGGAAGCAGUUUUAACUGGCCUUAUAUGGCCAUUCAAUAAGGGGAAAAAAUGUUGGAGAGAGGAAAAAACAAACCCACAGAUGAGAGAAUUUGAAAAAAAAAAAUUGGAAAUUUUGGAACGGAGGAUUUUUGCGAGUGACUUUGGGGUCUGGCGGUUGUUUAAACGUCCUUCAGCUAAGCAAGGAUGUUGCAUCUUGGCUAAAAAUGAAGAGAGAAUAAUUGGAAUGGACUGAAUACUAAUUAAAAAAAAAAAAGACUUGUGAUAUGAACUUUUUACAGACUGAAUUAAGAAUUCCCCUGUUGUCCAGAAGUUGCUACUUCUCUCUCUCUCUCUCUCUCUCUCUCUCUCUCUCUCGUUGUUUUUUUAAAAGAAAAGGGGAAAGGAUUUUUUUUCUUUUUUUCUUUUCUCUGGGGUGUUUAACUUGAAACACAAUCUCUUGCUAAAAGUGCAUUUAAAAGAAAUCUGGAGAAAAUUAAUGGAAUGGAAACAAGUCUCUCUCUCUCUAUCUCUCUCUAUCUCUUUUCCAAAUUAUUAAUUUGUCCUAUGUUGUCUGUGUACCUAUAGGGUUUUGUUUGGGGUUUUUUUUUUUGGUAUUUUUUCUGGUUCCAAACCAGUUUAUUCUGUGGUUCUAUAAUAAUUUUGAUAUAAUCUUGCCUUCAUUUAAAAAACAACAACUACAACUGUGUAUCCUUUUUAAAAAAAAGUUCUGAAAGAAUUAAAACUGUCUCAGAAAGGUUUAUGAGAAGAACAUAAAGAGAAGGGAAAAAAAUUCCCCACAAUAGUAGGAAAGAUGGAAGCGCACUUACAACUAGUCAGCCAAAAUUUAGCUCCAAGCUACGACAGCUAUAAUUAUUGAGAUCGAAUAAAAGAGAACCACAACUAUUCCCCCACCCGCAAGCCCACCUUCCCUUGACUAGGUUUUUAUAUAUAUAUAUCUAUUUUAAAGACAAAACAUGAAUUUUGGAAGGGAAUGCGUAUUUCUUGGAGGGAGAAGGAAUUGUGUCUAAGACACAACACAGUUUUGAUGAAAACACACAUACACACACGCACACAAAACCACACAUAGGGUUUCAUCACAAAGUGAACUUUUUUGUAAUUUGAAUGAAAAUUGGGUUCCGCCUAGUUGUCCUAAAUUGUUACCAAGUUCCUCUAUCUGUUUGUAUAUUUGCAAGCUCUUUGUAUUAUAAUACUUGUUGAUAUUUUCCCUUUUUUUAAAGAAAAAAGAAAAAAACCAUUGAAUUCAGCAUGACAAAAAAAAAUAACACUACUGUUGGCACUUAUAGAUAAUGUGGUUGAUUCAGUAUCUUAGAGUUUACAGUUUUUGUGUUUUAAAGAAAAAAAAGCUGAAGGGUUUUUUUUUUAAGUGCAACAUUUCUGUAUACUGUAAAAGUUAUAAUAACUGAAAACUGUUUGGUCCAGUCUUUGUGUGUUAUAUUCCAAGGAAAAAUUGAAAGUAUUCAGAAAUUAAAAUAUUAUUUGAUAUCU